AUGCAAUCAGCUGAAUAUGUUCUUUUUGGGACUUCCAGGUGGCACGCUGUUGCUUCUUGGACAUGGGAUGCCCAAGAUGAAACUUGUGGCAUUUGUAGGAUGGCCUUUGAUGGUUGUUGCCCCGAUUGUAAACUCCCAGGAGAUGAUUGCCCCCUAAUCUGGGGGUCCUGCAAUCACGCUUUCCAUCUUCACUGCAUCUUGAAAUGGGUGAAUUCACAAACUUCACAAGCACAUUGCCCCAUGUGUCGUAGAGAAUGGCAAUUCAAGGAAUGAUGAAUGAUCCCUGCGUUUUCACAUAUCAUGAGGGUUCAAGAAUGAUCGAGGAGAUAUCUUUCAAUUGUGCCUAUGUUUAUGUACACUUAUGUAGCUAUAUGCAUGUCUCAAGAGCUGUGCUUUAAGAAUUGGCAAUUUUUGUAGAGCUUAAUCGAAAUUUUGAAUCUUAA